AUGGCUUCACUAGGAGAGGAUUUGCUUGUCACUGUCAACAAGCUGCAAGACCUGGUCUUCAAUACAAUUGGGAGUGACUCUUUGGAUUUACCACAGAUUGUCGUGGUAGGUUCACAGUCGUCGGGCAAAUCCUCUGUGAUCGAAAACAUCGUUGGUAGAGAUUUCCUACCGAGAGGUAGUGGCAUAGUCACUAGACGGCCAUUGAUUUUACAACUUAUAAACAUACCCAGUGAACGCCAUGACAGACCUGGUAGUGAUGAGGUUCACGUACCGCAUACAGCCGCUAGUGUAGCUGGUCAAAAUGAAUGGGCCGAGUUCCAUCAUCUUCCAGGUCGAAAGUUCGAUGACUUCGCUUCGGUCAAGAAAGAGAUCGAAGCCGAAACUGCGAGGAUCGCGGGAAGCAACAAAGGAAUCAACAGACAGCCCAUUAAUCUGAAGAUAUUCUCUCCUCACGUUCUCAAUUUGACCUUGGUUGACCUUCCUGGUCUGACAAAAGUGCCAAUUGGAGAUCAACCGUCUGAUAUUGAGAAACAAACCCGAACAUUGAUUCUGGAGUACAUCGCGAAACCAAACAGCAUCAUUCUCGCGGUCUCCCCGGCCAAUGUUGACCUUGUGAAUUCUGAAGCCUUGAAGCUUGCUCGUCAGGUGGAUCCAAUGGGCCGGAGGACAAUUGGCGUUCUGACGAAAUUGGAUUUGAUGGAUCACGGUACGAAUGCAAUGGAUAUUCUCUCCGGUCGUGUUUAUCCACUUAAACUCGGCUUUAUCGGUGUGGUCAACCGAUCCCAACAUGACAUCCAAGCGGGCAAGUCUCUAGCGGAUGCACUUCAAGGCGAAGCCGACUUCUUUCGGCACCACCCGGCUUAUCGAAAUAUGGCAAAUCGAUGCGGAACGCAUUUUUUGGCGAAAACAUUGAAUACCACCCUGAUGGCUCAUAUUCGUGAUCGAUUGCCGGACAUCAAAGCGCGCCUAAACACGCUCAUGGGCCAGACCCAACAGGAGCUUGCCAGUUAUGGUAAUAAGCAGUUCAGUGGGAAGGAACAUCGUGGGUCAUUGAUAUUACAGCUCAUGACCCGUUUUGCGUCUUCUUUCAUUUCUUCCAUUGACGGAACAUCAUCCGAAAUAUCAACGAAAGAGCUCUGUGGUGGUGCGCGCAUAUAUUAUAUAUUCAACUCUGUCUUUGGAAAUUCGCUCGAGACAGUCGAUCCCACACAUAACCUAACGCUUUCGGAUAUUAGAACUGCCAUCCGCAACUCGACUGGGCCGCGUCCUAGCCUCUUCGUCCCGGAACUUGCAUUUGAUCUGCUUGUCAAACCCCAAAUUAAAUUACUGGAGGCGCCUAGUCAAAGAUGUGUGGAACUUGUCUAUGAGGAACUCAUAAAAGUUUGCCAUACAUGUGGCUCCCAAGAACUCCUGCGGUUUCCGCGCCUCCAAGGAAAACUUAUCGAAGUUGUUUCUGAUCUUCUCCGUGAACGCCUAGGGCCUUGUUCGGGAUACGUUGAAUCGUUGAUUUCUAUCCAACGAGCUUACAUCAACACAAACCAUCCCAACUUCCUUGGCGCCACUGCUGCAAUGUCAUCCAUCAUUCAGAAUAAGCAGGAACAGGAGAGAAAAGCGGCCUUGGCAGAGGAUCGGAAAAGACGUGAAAGACGACGACACAAGGAGCUGGGUGGCGUCAACGGGGCUGUACCUCAAGAAGAUGAGGAGGAUCAGCUGUCCGAACAAAAAGCACAAAACAUCCCUGUUAGAAGCCAGUCAGCCAAAGGUAACCGAAGCAUGUCUCCCAAUUUCGGCAAGUCAGGAGAAAACGGAAUCGCAGCGGCGCUUAAUGGGGCGCAUUCGAGCCCUCAGGCAGCGUUUGGAGCUUCGAAUACGACGCGAGAUUCAUUCCUGAACUAUUUCUUUGGCAAAGACGGUGUGCAAAGCGCUUCCUCUUUGCCCCCAUCCUCUUCACACCAAAACAAGCAAGCAAACUACCCUAGCGAACCAAGUAUUAGCCAAAGUAUUCGCCGACCGGAGUUGCGCUCUCCCGUGAUGCCACCGGAAGAUCUUGCAGCUCCACCUGAGUACGGCAGUGAUAUGCUUCCAUUUCCCAAUGAGAACUCGGAGCCGAGCCUUACCGAUCGCGAGGUCUUAGAAACUGAGUUGAUCCGCCGAUUGAUCUCAUCGUAUUUCAACAUUGUCAGGGAAACGAUUGCUGACCAGGUCCCCAAAGCGAUUAUGCAUUUAUUGGUCAAUCACAGUAAAGAUGUCGUGCAAAAUAGGCUUGUCAGUGAACUAUACAGGGAGGAUUUGUUUGCGGACUUGCUUCACGAGGACGAUGGCAUUAAGGCAGAGAGAGAAAAGUGUGAGAGACUUCUGGAGACCUACAAGGAAGCAGCCAAAAUCGUGGGCGAGGUUCUCUAG